UGAUCUCUCCCAUUCCUGGAAGGGCUCUCUCUCUGUCUCAAGGACCCUGGUGUUGAUUCCUCGUACGGUACUACCUCAGUGCUCUCAUGUGACUCGCGCUCUCUCCAGCCUCCAUCUAGCCUCGCUUGGUCCUCUCGGUCCUCUCGGUCCUCUCGGUUGGGCUGCCUUUGGUUGGGUCUGGUCCUGUCAUGAGUUUUUUCGCCGGCCACCCAUCGACAGUCAGUCGGCCAGUGAAUGGUCUCAAGUCCCGGAAUCCCGAUCGAUUCGUAGUGGGCUGAAAUUACCUGGGAAAAGUGGGACGGACUCGUUCGCUGGUUCUUGCUGGUUCAUCCAUUUCAGUUCCCAUUGGACCUAUAGUCCCAGGUGUCAAGCGCGAGAGAAGGAUCGAUGGUCGCCGAGUCUCAAUCAUAGGAUUAAUAUUGGUCAUAAUAAUAUAUAAUACCCGUGUGGGGAUUGGGCCAUCAUGACGGUGACCCAACGCUCGAGCCAAGCGGCCAAAUCCGACCCAUCCGUCGAAGGAACGGCCUCGCGUCCCGCUACGGCUCGUCCCAAAACAGCCACGCCUUUCAGCGGUCGUUAUAAUCCGAAAUUAAUCAAGCGGAUCAGUCCGGAAACGAGUGACAAAGGAGCGGCUCUUUCGCACAAACAAUGGACCCGCAUGGUCACCAUUGGGGCUAUCGCCAUGAUCUUGUACUACACGGCCAAAACUGGCCAGACCAAUACCAUCAUGGCCAAGCAGAGCGAGGUCCUGGAGAGCAAACGAUACCAAAACUCGGUCUGUACGCCUUCAUAUCGCCAAGAUAUCGAGAAAGUCGGAAGCAAAGAUUGCUUGCCACGAAAAUGUGGGCGAGUGAUCAUGGAUGACCUACUCCAAGAAUCCGAAACGGAGGCCAUCUUGGCAUUGGCUAAGAAAGGCUUAGCCCAAGGCGGUUCCUCGGGCGGAGCCUCGAUCUUAGACCUGCACUCAGGAGCCCUGUCCCAAGGGGAAGCAUUUAUCAAUGUCUAUAAAGUCUACCCCGAUCUCUUCACACGCUCGGAAUUCGAGGUGUAUAAGUCGGUGAAGGAUCGGGUGAAAGCGGCGGUGGCCGAACAUUUUGGCCUGAAUAACGACCACUUGUUCCUAUCGCAUCCGACGUUUUUCUCACGGAUCACGGCCGCUCCGGCUCAAACACUCCACGACGAAUAUUGGCACGUUCAUAUUGAUAAGGAGACCUAUCCCAGUUUCCAUUACACGUCCUUGCUCUACUUGACCGAUUUUGGCAUCGACUUUCAAGGUGGUUCCUUUGUAUUCGUGGAUGCCCACGACAACAUGAACAGAACUAUUGAGCCACGCAUGGGUCGCGUAUCAGCCUUCACGUCUGGGAUUGAAAACAAGCAUCAUGUGGAGCGGGUGACCUCGGGCAUCCGGUACGCCUUGACCAUGGGUUUUACAUGUGAUCCGAGCCAAGCCAUUCCCAAUCCCGGCGACGAUUUGCCAUGAACCGUGUCCCAGAACCAUUCAUCGCACCAACAUUCCAUCACUUAGUGUUGACCCGACUUGUUAUUUAGAUGUUCAUUAUAAUCUGUUUUGAGGUACGAUCUGAUGCUUAACGCUGGAUAAGAACGUAUGAAAAAUUGA